UAUUUUUAUCGUGUCCUUUUUCCUUAGCAAUUCCUUCCUUCCCUGCAGUUUUUCCCCUUAAAUUAUUGACCCUUGACAUUUUUAACUAAUGCUCUCAUGUCUUCUUUCGUCCAUUUAGAAGGGAGAUUUCAUCCACAAGAAGCACGAAGCACUAACCACGUUCGAGAGAUCUCGCCGCCUUCAAGAGGACCUCCAGGAGGACCUUCAAGAGGACCUUCAAGAGGACCACCCAUCUUCGCCGGACUGCCCCCAUCUGCAGGAAGAAGUUUCUUUAAUUCAUUUCUAAGUCCAUUUUUGCCCUUUUUUGAGUUUGAU